AUGGCGUUGAAGCAUCGCUGGAAGGGAUCCAUGAAGUCCUUUGGGAGUCAUCUUGAUCCACAGAAGGAAGAACAAUUGAAAGGUGUAAAAAAGGAGAUUGAAAAUAAAGUAGGAAGGAUUCUUAAGCUCAUUAAAAGUGUUAAUCAAGGGAAUAAAGAGAAUAAGAUGAAGAAAAAGUCAGAACUUUUCCAACGCAUUGAAGAUUUCCACAGAAAGUACCUAUCCCUGUACUCUCUUUAUGAAGACUUAAGAGGAGAAGUGAGAAAAAAGGUAAACAGCAGUGAUGAUGACAGUUCUUCUACUUCCACCUCAGAUUCCGAGUCUGACGAUUCUCCAAAUGAUUCGACUCGUAAUGAUAUUACAAGUGAAGAUUUAGAAGAGGUUGUUUUGAAGGAUAAGCUAGCUUCAACAGUCGAAACUAUAGACUUGGAUUCACAGUCAUCUUUCGAAAUGUCGAGAGAUGAAUCCCGUGAUAAUCUUAAGGACCUCGAGGUUCAAGAUGAGCAUACAGAAUGUGUAAAACGAAGAGCGAUGGAUGAUUCUAUCUUGUUAAAGGAGAAAUUGUUUGAAAGAGAGGAAUAUCUGGUUGAUGAGGGUGGAAAAUUUGUUCAGAGGAAGGACGACUUAGAGGGUCAGGCCUCGGGCUUGAAUCCUGAGAUUGAAGCCCUUUUCGCGGAGAAAAGAGAAGUGGAAGAACGGAUUAACUGCACAUUGAAUGAAGCUAAAGAACUGAAAACAAAGAAUUCAGAACUGGUAACUCAGAUUUUGGAACUUGAAGAGAAAUGUAGACAAAAAGAUGAACAUUUUUCCAUUCUUACGAAAACUUUUGAGGAAAAUGAGCGACACUAUAAAUCUAGAAUUGAAGGCCUCACAGAACAAGCGAAUUCUUUUAAGCUCGAAAUGAAUAUUUUGCACACUCAGAAAGGUGAAUUGGAACAACAGGUCCAAGAAGGAUCUUCUCGAGUUGAGGACUUGAUGAAGCAAGUUAAUUUUCUGCAGCAGGAUCUGGAGACUACGAGAAACCAGAAAGUAGAAUUGGAGUUAGAACUCAAAAAGAAAUUGAAAGAAGCAUCAAAGUACCUUAAUCAGAUCGAAAUUUUGAACGAAAAAUUGACAAAACUGCAGAGUAUAAUUGAGGAGAAAGAAUGCCUAAAACUGCAGCUACGAGAUUUAGAACUUGAUGUUCAGUCUUUAAACACAAAGAAAAAUGACUUGGAAGAGAAGAUAGUACCAAUAAAAGAGGAGGCUUAUCAGUUGAGAGUCGAAAAAGAGGAACUACAGAAAACAUUCUCUGGAUUGCAAAGAGAUCUUUUGAAGAAGGAAAAUGAACUUAACAAGCUCGAGAACGAUUUGGACGCAUUACAAAGUGAGAAAAACAGAUUAGAGCUCGAUCUUGAGGUGGAGAAACAAAAUUCUGCGAUUUGUAUAUCAAAUAUGGAAAAGAAAAACAAUCAAUUAACGGACAAGUUACACGAAAUUAGGGAAGAACACAAACAACAGUCGAAAUCAAGCUUCCAAAUGGCAGAAAGAAAGAUAGAAGAAAUGGCAGAAGAAUUCCGAAAACAGUUCGAAGACAAUCUCCGUAUCAUGAGCAGGAGAAUCCGAGUUGCAGAACAGUUACACGCAGAGAACAAGGAUUGUUACUUGAAGACAAAGGAAAUUUACGAGCAAGAAAACAAAGAACUUGAAGAAAGAUAUGGAAAAGCUGAGGUCGGAUUCAAGAAUAUGAAGGAAUUAUCAUUAACAGCAAAGGAUAUGCUGAAUUCAUUAGACACAGUGGGAUUAAAGUUUGAGGAAUGCACUGCUAAUUUCUUGAAUAGAAUCUCAAAAGUUUCUUGUGAAUUGAAAUUUACAAAGGAUUGGGUGAGGAGGAAGAACAAGGCAGCAAUGCAUUUGAAAGAUGAUUUAAAUUGUUUACUUAGUCAAAUGGAUGAAAAAGAAGCAGAGAUAUUAGUAUUCAGAGAGAGAGUUUGGAAAUCAGAAAAUAAAGUUAGAGAAUUGGAGAAAAUGAACAAACAUCAUGAAGAUGGGAUGUUAGUAAUGCAGGAGGAGAAGAGGGAGGCAAUCAGGCAGCUUUGUGUAUGGAUAGACUAUCACCGGAGCCGAUCCGAUUAUUACAAGAAAAUACUAACGGAGGUAACUCCGAAUUAUCGGAGAACAUCUUAG